AUGCCCGACCAUCAAAGAAUCACAGUCUCGUCUUCUGGUAGCCAGUCUGCUUUUGAAUGCAGUCUCAUAGUAAAGAAAUUGUCGUCCCAUGAACUACAGACACACAACUGGACAGUACUUGACCACUUGGAACCAGGUGACUUGUUGGAGUUUGACCGAGGAGUGUACAGUCACUGGGCUGUGUAUGUUGGUAACGACGAAGUCGUGCACUUGUCUGGAGUCGAUGGUGCAGGUAGAAGGGACCUGAAGCACCCAUGCACAAUAUCUGGAGUUAAGUCUGAUAAAGGAAUCGUUCGCAAAGACGAUUUUUGGACAGUCACUGAAGACAGCAAAGCGGAAAUAAACAACUUCAAGGAUUUGAAAUUCAAACCCUUGGAACCAUCUAAGAUAGUACAAAGAGCAUUAUCCAAAGUUAGAGAAGUUGGAUAUAACUUGCUCUACAUGAACUGUGAACACUUUGCUACAUGGUGCUGGAAGGUUGGUCUGUUUGCUGCAGUGGCUUCGUAUGUUGGGGGUGCCGUUGUGGCAGGGGCAGGGAUAGCAUUGGCUGUCUUGUUUGGAAGUGGCAGAAAGGAGGAAAGAGAAAAACGGUCCAAAAACUAA